AUGGCGCCACCCGUACACUUCUUCUCCCAUGGCUCAACAAUGAUGCUGGGCGAGGAAUCCCAAUCCGCCACCUAUUGGAAAGCCUGCGGCGACGAAGCCCUCUCCCACGGCUUUAAAGGCGUGAUUAUGAUGGGCGCGCAUUGGGACGCCCGCGGCGUGAACCGCAUCGACGUAGCCAUGAACCCCAAGCCCAUCAAAUCGCCCGUCGCAUACGUCCACCCCCGCAAAUACAAAGACUACGAGCUCGUCCCCGAUCUCGAGAGCGGAAAGAAGUGCAUAGCAGCGCUGAGGGAAAAGGGCAUCGAUGCGCGACCGAAUGAGACCUUUGACUGGAUCCACGACACAUACUUGAUUCUCAUUAGGAUGUUUCCUGAGAAAUGCCCUCCAACAACGAUCAUCAGUAUGAACUCGCGAUUCGACCCACAUCUGCACGCGCGUGUGGGUAACAUCUUGGCCAAGUUCCGCGACGAGGGCUACCUGAUCAUCGGAACGGGUGGCGCGGUACACAACCUGUACAGGAAUCACUGGGCACAGAUGUUGAGGUAUUCGGACAACUUUGCCCAGCCUUACCCACCAGAGGCUCCGAUGCUGGAGUUCCGCCAGAGUGUUGAGGACGUCUUCGUUCGCUGCUGUAGGAAGGAUGCGAAGAAGGGUAGUCUGACUCGUGGUAUUACAAGGUUGAUGAAACAUCCCAUGUUCAGGGAUGCGCAUGCCACCGACGAUCACUAUAUGGCGGCGUGCUUUGUGGCUGGGGUUGUUGACGGAAGCAAGAGGGAUGGCGACGAGUGUGUGCUUGGGGCUGAGGAUUGGGAGUUGGUGAACAUGUGCAACAGCCAGUUUACUGUCGGAAGAUGGGAGUAG